UGGUUUACUAUAUUUUAGCUCGUUGGAUUUGUAAUUUUGUAUAAUUCUAACCUAAAAAAAGCUUAGGUAUAGGUUACCUUACCUUACUUUCGGUUCAUUUAUGUUAUUUUAAUUAUAAUAUUUAUCUGUCAAGUUUGCUGUGCAUUACGAGUUCAGUAAUUUUGUUAAAUAAUUUAAACCAAGUAUAUCAAAAUUAUGGCAUACGAUUUUCAUGAUUUUCAAGAAUGUCUCUUGGAACGUCUAUCAAAAGAAAGUGGUGACAGUGAAAAGAGAGAUGCUAUAAACAAAUAUUUGAAAGAUGGUUAUAAUUUAGAAAGGAAAUCUGUCCCAGAAUUUGAAAAUGGCCUGGAGUGGAUAAAUGUAACCGAGCCCUUGCGAUUAAACUUACAUCUGAAAGGGAAAAUUGUACUACUAGACUUUUUCACCUAUUGCUGUAUCAACUGUAUGCACAUACUGCCAGAUUUGAAGGCUCUCGAACAUCUCUACUCUGUUGAGGACGGCCUUGUUGUGGUUGGUGUUCACAGUCCGAAGUUCUCGAACGAGAAAGAGACGGCGAACGUGGCGGCUGCGGUAGCUCGCUACGAGAUCGCGCAUGCGGUCGUCAGCGACCCGACUGAGAGUAUGUGGCAGGCACUCAACGUCUGCUGUUGGCCCACGCUCGUUGUCCUAGGACCCAGAGGCGAGCCACUUCUCGAACUGAGGGGCGAAGGCCAUCGCAAGCUGUUGGAGCUGUUUAUCGGGGAGGCGAUCACAUUCUUCGCAGGCAAAAAUGAGCUGUCGCCGCACAAAAUCGAGCAGAUCAGCGUGAACAAACAGGUGGAAAGUGCGGGCAGUCCUCUACGCUUCCCCGGCAAGGUGGCCGUGUUCGACAAUAUGGUGGCCAUAGCCGACACCGGCCAUCAUCGGGUCAUCGUUGCCAACAAAAGUGGCCAAAUACAGCACAUAAUUGGUGGAAGUGAGCCGGGGUACAGCGAUGGUGCAUUCAGAGAGGCUAGGUUCAACGCAUGCCAAGGCUUGGCCUUCAAAUCAGCCGACCUGCUCUACGUUGCUGACACCGAUAAUCACACUAUUCGCGAAGUGGACCUGAGUGCGAAACUGGUGAGAACGGUGGCAGGCAUAGCAGGGGACCAGGGCUCGGACAGGGUGGGCGGUGCUUUGGGCCCCCAGCAGCCCAUCUCGUCGCCGUGGGACGUCUGUCUGCUGGCCGAGGGCAAACUGCUACUCAUCGCCAUGGCUGGCACGCAUCAGCUGUGGGCGCUCUUCCUCGACGACACUGUCUGGUGGAAGAACAAGAGCUACGCAAAGGGAGUUUGCGUGUGUGUGGCGGGUAGCGGCCGGGAGGAGAACACCAACAACCUGUAUCCGAUGUCAGCCGCUUUCGCCCAGCCAUCAGGUGUCGUGCUGGCUGCGCAUGCGCAGUGCGUCUUUGUCGCCGACAGCGAAAGCUCCACUGUUAGGAGGCUGCAGUUGGCAGACGGUCGUGUGCAGGCUGUUGUGGGUGCCACGCUCGAUAGAAAGAAUCUGUUCAGUUUUGGCGAUGUGGACGGCAAAGGCAUGGACGCAAAGCUGCAACACCCGCUGGGCGUGGCCUGGUGCGCGCGCACCUCCACUGUCUAUGUGGCCGACUCCUACAACCACAAGCUCAAGUGCAUCGACUCAAACAACAACGUCUGCACCACCUACACCCACAUCGAUCCUGCCUACAAGCUGAAUGAGCCAGGUGGCUUGUGUGUUGAUGGCGAUGACUUGUACAUAGCUGACACAAACAACCAUCGCGUUUUGGUUGUCGAUACUGUUAACAAAACUACUAGAAAGUUUGACUUGAAAAUGACAAGUGACUUGCCUAAGAAUCUGCCAGCCAUGGUGGAAGAGCGUAGUGUGCGAGUUGCUUCAAAGGAAGGAAGUCGCCUUGUACUGCGCAUCAAGAUAGCAGCUCCAACUGGCUCCUCGUUUCCAUCAGAGAAGAUGAUUCGUUGGGAGAUGCAUCCUCCUACAGAUGGCAGAAAAGUGGACAUCUUGGAUAGCAAAUUGGAGGGCUCGUCAGCCGAAUGGCAAGUGUCUACUGGUGGUGAUUUGCUGGAAAUGCUCCUAGUCGCGUGCAGCGCGCCGAUUUGCAGUGGCCAGACGUGCAGUGCUUGGAAGGGAACUUUCAAAAUCAACAUCACCUCUGACAACGAAUCUCAAUCAACCACUGAAAGCACAGUCUGUGAUAUUGUGCAUACUAUCAACUUACAAUAGUAGCAUUGAUGUUUAAAUACUAACAUUCAUUUUAUUUUUCAAACUCCAGCUGUUCAAGAAUGAAUAAGUACAAUCAAAAAGAUUAUACUGGACUAAAAAUUGUUAAUCCUCGAUAUGAGGAGCGCUUAUGAUUUAUGGGUAAUGGUUUGAUAUUUGAUUAUUAUACUUUUUAUUUUCUUGUAUAUGUACCAACCUCUUUAAACUUUUAACUGGUUGACACUUUGAUACAGCUGUUUCUACUUCGUUUUUCUUAUUGUGGAUGAUGCCCAAAUGAGCUUUUUGCUUGUGCGUGGGUAAUGGGAAAUGCGAAGGUGAUUUCAUGAUAUGAUUAAACGUCCAUUCCUAUUCGAAUUUUUAUUCGAUGGGAUUCGGCGGGAUUCGAACCCGCGACCAGGUAGCAUUAGCAGACUAGUGGAUGCAACGUCCUAGUCAACUCGGCUAUCUGGCCGGCAUUGAAUUUAAUUUCAUUAGACAAUAUAGGCAAUAUACAGUGAAAUAGUAUGAAUCUAUAAUAUUAUAUCGAAGUGACUGACGCAUCAAUGAGACAUAUACCAGCUCGUUUUUUCAAAUGGAAAUAGAUAUUAGCUGUUUGUUUAAACCCGAAAUGAAACAAAUUAUAAUAGAUGCGACCAUAUCUUAAUAUAAACCAAGAUUAGCGUUAAACCUAGAUGCUGCAUGUGUCUCAGCGUAAUAGCUCAAACAUUAUUGUUAAUGUUUCCAUUCAAUAUUUAUAAUUUUUAUAAAUUGCUUGUUUUCUACUAAUCUUCUUAGUAGCUCUAUUUUACAAAGUGAUCUGACUGUUAUUUGUUAGCUAGAGUAUGCACCAAUACUGAAUCUUUGUAAAACUAAUAAUUUAUUUUUAUAUUAAAGCUUUACUAAUUUCA